AUGGCUAAUGAAAAAAUGGAGAAAUGCAUCGCUAGAGACGGAGGAAGAGAAUCUGAGGAUGCCGAAGAAUUUAAAGGCAGUUUCAUGGAGUUAUUAAUUGAGGAAGAUGAUAACGGAGAGGUCGUAAGCGGCAAAGCAGAGGAGUCUGGCUUUGUCUUCUUUCCGCCUAAUCGUUUUCUUCCUGUUUCUUCUUCAUCAUCAACCGUUCGAAUGCUCUGUUUUGGUGGAGAAGAAGAAGUCUGUGACAAUGGAGGGGUACUUUCCAUUUCGCCUACCCCGAUUGAUGAGAACUGCAAGCCCAGAAACAGAAGGGUAUGUUCUUCUGCUGCUUCCCUUCAAUUGAAAAGUUUGCUAAUUUUUGUUAUUGUGCAAGAGAAGAAACCAAUGUCAGCCAUCGAGAUCGGAAGAGGAGGAGGAAGGUGUGGGAGGGUUGGUUCUGCUGUUUCGGCUUGUAGCAAGCGCAAGAAGGCAGAGUCAGAGGCUUCCCCUGUUUCCAGAGCUGUUCAGAUGGGGAGGGAGAAGCUGGGGUCGCAGGUCAGAGCUCUGCAGCAACUUGUCUCUCCUAUGGGCAAGUCAGAUACGGCUUCUGUACUUCAGGAAACUUUCGGAUACAUCAGGUUUCUUCAUGACCAAGUGCAGCUGCUGAGCUCUGCGUACAUGGAAGCAGAGACAGAUUCAGCAAUGGAGCCUGAUUCGAGAGGAGGAGAAGGGCAUUUAAGAAAGAGAGGACUUUGUUUAGUUCCUGUUUCGAUCACAGUAACAAUAGCGGAAAGCAACGGCGCUGACAUGUGGGCACCCGCCAUUUCCUUCAACACGGCUAUAGCGCCGCCAUAUCUCCGGCGAGCUCCAAGCCCUAAGCUUCUUACAGGCUAA